AAAAAUCAUACCCCAAAAAAGAUAACCAAAAUCCGCAGAAAUCAAAAUCAAAAUCAAAAUCAAGAAAUUGUUUCAACUUCCGAAGAAUUUGCGAAUGGCUGCAGUUGGCCAUGGUACCGGAAUCGGAUUAGGCGGAGUGAAGCUCCACUCCUUCACCCCCAAUCCACUCUCCUCAUUUCUCGGCAAAACCCUAACCCUCAAACCAAUCCCACGCGCCGCCGCCCACAGGAAACCACCACCCACAUCAAGACCCAGAAGCCUCGCCGUCUUCGCAUCCGGCGGCGAAAUCUUCAACCUCUUCAACGAUCUUUUUCUGGGUGUCGGAGUUGGGCUCCCCUGUACUGUAAUGGAGUGCGGCGAUAUAAUAUACAGAAGCACUCUGCCGAAAUCAGACGCAAUCACGCUUACUAUACCCGGCGCGAUUUUAGCUCUGGGCACGCUUUCUUACCUUUGGUCUACACCUGGAGUUGCGCCUGGUUUUUUUGACAUGUUUGUUCUUGCCUUUGUUGAAAGAAUCUUUAGACCUAGUUACAAGAAGGAUGAUAUUGUGUUGGGGAAGAAAUUGGGUGAGGGUGCUUUUGGAGUUGUGUAUAGGGCUUCAUUGACUAAGAAACCCUCGUCUCGAGAUGGUGAGGUAGUAUUGAAGAAGGCGACGGAAUACGGAGCGGUGGAGAUAUGGAUGAACGAGCGUGUGAGAAGGGCUUGCGCGAAUAGCUGUGCUGAUUUCGUGCACGGCUUUCUUGAGAAUUCCGGAAAGAAAGGAUCCGAAUAUUGGCUCAUAUGGAAGUUUGAAGGGGAAUCCACACUUGCUGAUUUAUUGCAGAACAAAGAAUUUCCUUACAAUGUGGAAGCACUGAUUUUGGGAGAGGAUCAGAAGAUGCCCAAGGGAUUGGAGAGGGAAAAUAUAAUCGUACAGACUGUAAUGCGACAGCUCUUAUUUGCAUUGGACGGUCUUCACUCGACUGGGAUCGUUCAUCGAGAUUUUAAGCCCCAAAAUAUUAUUUUCUCCGAAGAUUCUCGUACAUUCAAGAUCAUCGAUCUUGGAGCCGCUGCAGAUUUGAGAGUCGGCAUCAAUUACAUUCCCAAAGAGUUUCUUUUGGAUCCUAGAUAUGCUGCACCGGAACAAUAUAUUAUGAGCACUCAAACCCCCUCUGCCCCGUCAGCUCCCGUCGCAACGGCACUUUCUCCUGUUCUGUGGCAGUUGAAUCUUCCGGACAGAUUUGACAUCUAUAGUGCCGGUCUGAUUUUCCUACAAAUGGCGUUCCCGUCACUACGUUCGGACAGUGCUCUCAUACAAUUCAACCGUCAGUUAAAAAGAUGCGAUUACGAUCUAAUAGCAUGGAGAAAGACCGUCGAGCCUCGUGCGAGCCCCGAUCUCCGACGUGGAUUCGAAUUGCUGGAUUUAGACGGAGGCGGAGGUUGGGAACUGUUGACUUCAAUGGUUCGUUACAAAGCUCGUCAGAGAACGAGCGCUAAAGCAGCUCUAGCUCAUCCCUACUUCAACAAAGAAGGCCUAUUGGCCUUGUCGUUCAUGCAGAGCCUACGGCUACAAUUCUUCCGAGCAACUCAACAAGAUUACAGUGAAGCUGCUAAAUGGACUAUUCAGCUUAUGGCGCGAUCAGGAACUGAAAAAGAUGGCGGGUUUACCGAAGCUCAACUUCAAGAACUCAGGGAUAUUGGGCCUAAGAAGAAGAAAUCGAGUGUACAGAGGAAUGCGCUUGCUUCUGCUCUUCGGGCGCAAAGAAAGAUAGCAAAAACGAUAAACGAGAGCGUCGACGAACUGAAUCGGAGUACGAAGAGUAUAUGGUGGAGCAAGUGGAUCCCUAGAGAGGAGUAACUUUCUGUAAAUAUAUAAAUUAAAUGAUCACUUGUUUCUAUUAUGUAAAUUUUGUGGAUAUAAGUGAAAAUAUGUGAUAAAAUAAGUACUGAGAAUAGUGUCAUAUGUAUUUGAUUAAUCAUAUAAUUAAGCAAUUAAUAACAAUCAUAAACUUUCAUGAA